ACUCAAACAGUAGAAUGCACCAAAAGUGGUACGCUCGCACUGAAUUCAUCCUCUGAGUCUGAUGCUUCUCUAAAUCUGCUGAACGGAACUUUUGACCAAACUAUAACUACUUCAGUGCUUUAUAAAGAACUCCUUGACAAUGAGAAGAGAAACUUCCAGCUGAUUAAUGCUGCAGUUUCUGAUCUUGGUGGUGUUCCAGCAAUGAUUCACCAUUCAGACAUGUCUAAUACAAUACCUGAUGAGAAGGUAGUUCUCAUCUAUGUGUCGUUUCUGUGUUCACGACUUCUAGAUCUUUCUAAAGAGAUUCGAGCAGCUCGUCUGAUUCAAUCUGCUUGGAGGAAUUACAGAUUGAAAGCAAAGCUUGCUCAGACCAAGAAGCAAAGAUUUAAUGCAACAGUUGUAAUUCAGAAGCACUGGCGAAGAUAUUUGGCUCAGAUGGAACUUCAGAAAUUAAAAAAGGCAAAGCUUGAAGAAGAUGGAGCAUCUCCUUCUGCCAUUUUUUAA